CGUCGGGGCCGGGCCGGGCCGGGCCGGGCAGGAGCGGCCAUGGGGAACCUGUUCGGGCGGAAACGGCGGAGCCGCGUCACGGAGCAGGACCGGGCCGUGCUGCAACUGAAGCAGCAGCGGGACAAGCUCCGGCAGUACCAGAAGCGGCUGAGCCUGGGGCUGGAGCGGGAGCGGGCGCUGGCCCGGCAGCUGCUCCGGGAUGGCAAGAAAGAGAAAGCCAUGCUCCUGCUGAAGAAGAAACGGUACCAGGAGCAGCUUCUGGAUAAAACAGAGAACCAGAUCAGCAACCUGGAGCGGAUGGUCCAGGACAUUGAAUUCACCCAGAUUGAAAUGAAGGUCAUCGAGGGCCUGAAAAUAGGCAACGAGUGUCUGAACAAAAUGCACCAGGUGAUGUCCAUAGAAGAAGUGGAAAGGAUAAUAGGAGAAACCCAGGAUGCUGUGGAGUACCAGAGGCAAAUAGACGAGCUCCUGGCUGGCAGCCUGACUGAGGAGGAUGAAGAUGCCAUUCUAGAAGAAUUAAAUGCUAUUACUCAGGAACAGUUGGAGCUUCCAGAAGUUCCUUCAGAGCCACUCCCGGAGAAGAUCCCAGAAGUGUCACCCAUCAAGAACAGGCCAAAGCCAGAGCCGGUGGCAGCAUCUUAACUCCCAGUGCUGGGGAUUCCCCCACGAAACUUUCACCCUGGACAGUUUGCCCUCCCAGUGUGUGCUGGGGACAGGCAAUGCCUUGGCAGCAUCCCAGCUGUGCUGGGUGGAUUGUGGAGCAGGAUUCCCUGCACAGGGUGGGGAACCUCAGCUGAUUAUCGCUCUUGUAUCAAGAUUAUUUUCUAGUGCUUUCUUUUUUUGUAACUUAAAUUCCAAACUCACUCAGCUGCGCUGUCUCGGGAUUAAACAGCAACUCUAAAUCAUCCAAAGCCAAA